UCAUACGGAGCUGCCGGGCUGACCAGCCAGGCCGAAAUCACUUAAGACGCGUACACCUUGUAAUAGAAGGACCGGCACGGGGGGCGCGCGCGCGUCCACCGCAUAUCCACAUACACAUAUACACACACACAUUCACACACUAACGCGUCAUAUACUUACAAAAGCAUGUAUACAUAUAUAGAUACAAAGAUACAUAUACACACAUACAUACACACAUACAUAUAUAUAUAUUCAGAUCCAAAAGCAUGUACCCGUGUACGAAAGGACACGCAUAAUACAAACGAUCGGACACGGGAUAUAGGAUAUUAAAGGAUUUUGUGUGAGCGCGUUCGUGCACUUAUUACAAAGGGAUCAAGCGAUAGAGAAGAAAGCGAAGGAAAGGCAAUCGUAACGGCAGCAGCAAAACACGCGUAUCUAUCAUCGCGUAUUAUCGUGUUCGUGAAACGCUAAAGCAAAGCUUUUCGGCGUCUCCAAACACGCAUGCACAAAGAAGAGGAAACGUCGGCAGAAGAAGCAGAAAUAUCGUCGUGGGUUGACGUCCUAUUCGCGAGAAGGUGUCUAGUUGUCCGAACGAAACGGGAACCAAACGAACGAACGGGACCAAGCCGUUUGAGACGCUAAGACGUAUGGUGUUGCGACGGGAAGACGUUGAUUGCUGUUGGUGUUGGUAGUGGUGGUGGUUCUGGUGGUGGUGCUGGUGGUGGUGGUGGUAGUGCUGCUGCUCGUGGAGGUGGUGGUAGUGGUGGUGCUCCUGGUGAUAGUAGUCGCUGGCCGCCCUUACAGAAAGACGCUGCUUGCUGCUGCUCGGAAGAGGGCUCCUUAGACCUUCUCGGACAUGAUGCCGAGCGAAGUGAUAAGAUUCUCGCGAAGGACGAUAUGACGAUACGGGAUAGCAUCGUGUUUUUAUAUCGCGUUGACUUACCGUAGACACUUAACAUAAUUACUUAACAUUACGCGAGUGAUUAUACGGGACGAACGGGACAAGUUGUUGGAACAAAACGAUUGAAGGGCGAGAGAGUUAAAGAGAGAAAAAAAAAAAGAAAAUAAGUUGGGACUCGGCUGGAGCUACGAGAAACUUCAGAAAAUUUUACGAUUACGGGUAUACCAAUAGAAACAUCCUUUUCCAGUGUGAUAUUCGUGACAUUCGUCUUACGUUCGUGUCUUCGAUGCCUCGAACGUCUCAUCGUUUAAAACGACAUUCCUUCUCAUUUUUAUUAUCUCAAGUUGAAAGAUUUUGUGCGCGUUAUCGUACGCUCGCGUGUCAGUGUGCACGUGUGUCGUUUCACCGGGAUAACGCGGCUGCCUACGAAGACAAGAUUGACGAAUGACGCCGUAACCGUGGGCUGGUUGGUGCUCGGAUAUCAGAACACGGAAGGGGACAACAUCUUUCACACCGCCACGACAACGUUCACCGUUCAAACAAGCCGUUCGUUCCGUCGUGCUCGUCUCCGAUGCAAAAAGAAAUUUACUCGGUAACGGAUAGAGGAACCGCAGCAGGGAAAAUCGAGACGAGGGAGCGAGGGGCACCCAGCCCUUUGGCGAGUUCGAAGGAUGCAGCUCCCAGGCGGGAGCACGAGAAUUCCGCCCGCGAGAGCUCCGGCCUCCUCCGUUCGAUCGGUGAUCAUCAACAGCAACAACAUUUACAGUACCAGAAGCAGCAACAACGGCAGCAUCAAGAGCUGCAACGAAAGCACGACGAUAAACGACAGCGAGUGCGUAUGUGGUAGCAUAAUCGGCAACAGCAAUAGCAGCGACAAAAGUAGUAACAAUAACGAUAAGAAGAUUAAGAAGAAUAACAAUAAGAACGAGACGUGCAAGGGUAGCAGGAAAAACUUCAGCGAUAAAAACUUGAACGGAAGAAGAAGCGGCGUUGCAGGUCGUUUUUAUCGUCGUAGCGAGAACGCCGAUAAAGUAAGGAACGGCAGCGUUGGAAACGGACGGAAGAGUCGAGCAGUGAAGGAGAGACAUCAUCUCGUGGCGACUACUACGAGGACGAACCGCCGACACCGAGUCACGAAGCAUCCCCAGGUGUUGUUGGCGUCAGCCCCACGGCGGAAAGUGCGGAGCGAGGAAUAGUAAAAAGAAAACCAAGGGGAAGCGAGAAACGACGGAAGAGGAGGAAGAAGAAGAAGAGGAAGAAGGUGAGGAAGAAAGAGACGAGGAGGAAGUCAAAGUCGUCCGGCGGGAAGGAACAGAAGGGUGCCGGCCUCGUCGACGUUGUCGACGGCGGCGGCGGUGGUGGAGGAGGAGGAGGAAGAGGAAAAGAAGGA